AUUCCAUUUUAAUGAUCUGAAAAUUAACAUAAAUUAAAGAUUAUGCCAAAAACAUUUAAUGACAUGCGGAAUGUUAAAAUUUAAAAAAACGGCGGGAAUUUAGUUGCUAACUUAAUUGAUGUCCACGUAGCUAUACUUUAGAAAUAAUUUACACAAUUAUUUUUGAUAAGAUUAAGCGAUUGGGAUCAUUCCAUUAUAAAGAAAAAUAUACGUACGUGUACUUUGUAAGAGUAUUUCGAUUGCAUGAAGAUGGUGUCUUUAGUUCUUGUGUUUACCGUUUUAUGGCAAUUUUUCAACAUCAGAGAAUGCUCCUGUUUAUGGCAACUGCACGCGACGAAUAUAACUCGGCCACUUCAGGAUGCAUUAAACAGAACAACGUAUGCGACGAAUGUAACUGGGCCAUUUCAAGGUGCAUUAAAUAAAACGAUAUACGUAACGAAUGUAACUCGGCCACUUCAGGAUUCAUUAAACAGGACGAUGCACGGGGCGAAAAAAAUUAUGUCCCUCUUUAAUGAAACUACCCUGGCGAAUUUUACAUACACUAUUCACGUAGGAGUCAAUUCUAGUGAGCUGGAUAUCGAGGAGUUCGGAAUCCCGGAUUUCGAGGAUUCCGAAAUCUCUCCUAGCUCAGAAACUUUUUCACGAGUUGCUCAAGUAGACUGCUUCGGAUUAGGGAAGACAGUCGCAACGACUUUAGAAUGGUUCUUCAGAAGCGAACCUAACGGCAGUAACGCGCUGGACGUACGAUUUUAUCUCUCCUCUAGGAAGCAACCGUAUCGCGUGGAAGUUAUAUUAGGCGAGCAGUUUGGCUUGGAGUGGACGAAUUUCAACAUAGAACGUAGGACGGUGAUGAUAGUACAUGGUUUCCUAUCGAACGGCAACGAGACAUGGAUCAAUAAUAUGGAAAAAGCAUUACUCCAAUGGGAUGACGUUAACGUGGUGGUAGUGGAUUGGAGCGCUGGCGGUAAUACGUGGAAUUAUUAUAAGGCAGCAGUCAACACUAAAAUAGUGGGAUAUCAGAUAUCAAAAUUUAUAGAGCACGUGACGAACGCUACAAUCAAUGAAAGAUCAGAUACGAACAAUUGGGGCCUCUUACAUCUGAUAGGACACAGUCUCGGCGCUCAUAUCUGCGGAAUGGCUGCAAAGGAGCUGAAAGGGCGACGGAAUAGAUGGAUGGUGCAGAGGAUCACCGGUCUGGAUCCGGCGCAGCCAUGCUUCCGCAACGCUGACCCAUCGGUUCAUUUGAAUAAAAAUGACGCACCGUUUGUCGACGUGAUACAUACAAACGGCAGAUUACUCUUCAGUUUGGGUCUGGGUUUACCCGAAAUUAUAGGUCAUGUUGAUUUCUAUCCUAAUGGCGGUAAAAUGCAACCUGGCUGCGAGGAGUUUAAUUCGAUAUUCGAUUACUUGCCGAUUCCUGCAACCGUAAUACGCAAAGCGAUAUGUAGCCAUGGGCGUUCUUACCUUUACUUUACGGAAUCUGUGGUAUCUGCCACUGUGAACAAUUGCAGUUUUUGGGCGCAUAAGUGGAAUCGGACGCCCAAGCAGCUUUCAGAAAUAAUCGUAAAACCGUGCAAUGUAAAUAUCUGCACAGAAAUGGGCAUUAGAGCGGAAAUGUAUGAUCAACGCGGAUGCUUUUUUUUGUCUACCACUAGUACUUAUCCGUUUUGUGCCAACAGCACCGACCGUCAAGGAGAUGGAAAUACAACAAGAUCGUAUAAAGAUAAGGUAAAGGGAUCGAUUAAUAAUACACUUACUUAUCUGUAGAUAAAUGCGUUAUUAACACAUACUGUAUAUCAUUCAGUACAUUUAAAUAGCUUCUUAUAUUUAGAUAUUUACAAUUGAAUGUAUUUGCAC